AUGAAUGAAAUGUUACAGGUAAGCAGGAACUUUCUUUACAAAGCAAAAAAUAACAAGAACUUUCUUUACAAAAAGAAAAAUAACAAGAACUUUCUUUACAGAUUAAAAAAUGGCAAGAACUUUCUUUACAAAUUAAAAAAUGGCAAGAACUUUCUUUACAAACAAAAAAAUGGCAAAAACUUUUUUUACAAACAAAAAAACUAUUUUAUUUUUAAAAUUUCAGCAGUUUGUGAUGAUACCAUGCCUGUUGGGAGCGCUGUCGUUGGGUAUAUUAUGGCAAUGUUCCAAGUCGAAAAAGGCCGAGAAAAAGCCUGCGACGAGUAGUGUCAGAGAGAAGAACGAAGGUGAAGCUGGAAAAUCACAAAAAUCGAACAAGAUCCUCAAAGAAGAACCGGCCAAGAGUGAUGCUGCUGGUGGGUUUUUUAGGCUUAAAACACAUGUUUUAGGCUUCAAAAUAAAUUUUAGACUUAAAAAAGAAUUUUAGGCUUGGAAACAAAAUUUUAGGCUUAUAAAAUGAAUUUUAGGCUUAUGAAAUGAAUUUUAGGCUUAAAAAAGAUUUUUAGGCUUGGAAACAAAAUUUAUGCUUCUAAACAAAAUUUUAGGCUUAUAAAAUGAAUUUUAGGCUUAAUAAUGAAUUUUAGGCUUAUGAAAUGAAUUCUAAGCUUAGAAAUGAAUUUUAGGUUCAUAAAAUGAAUUUUAGGCUUAAUAAUGAAUUUUAGGCUUAUGAAAUGAAUUUUAGGCUUAAAAAUGAAUCUUAAGCUUAGAAAUGAAUUGUAGGUUUAAAAAUAUAUUUUAGGCUAAAAAAUGAGUUUUAGGCUUUUAAAAUGAAUGUUAGGCAUCAAAAAUGAAUUUUAAGCUUAGAAAUGAAUUUUAGGCUUAUUAAACAAAUUUAUGUUUAAAAUUGAAUUUUAGCCUUAAUAAGGAUUUUUAGGCUUAAAAAUGAAGUUUAUGUUUAAAAUUGAAUUUUAGGCUUACACCUUUUUUAAAUUUUUCUUUUUCAGCUACAGAUACGCCUGUUACUGAUCAACCACAAAAGAAGGAGAAUAUGGAGAAAGAUGUAGGUUUAAAUAGCAAGAACUUUCUUUACAGGACAAAGAAUGACAAAAACUUUCUUAACAAUUUGAAAAAUGGCAAGAACUUUCUUUACAAAACAUAAAUUAGCAAAAACUUUCUUUACGAAUAGAAAUCGCAGAAACUUUCUUUACAAAACACAAAAUAGCAAGAACUUUCUUUACAAACCAAAAAAUGGCAAGAACUUUCUUUAAAAAACACAAAAUUGCAAAAACUUUCUUUACAAUUCAAAAUAUUUUUAAAUUUUUAAUUUCAGGCCAACUUCACGUCCCAAAAGAAACGCGACAUCGAGGCUCAGUUGAACAAGGAGAAGGAAGAGAAGAUCCAGAAAGGCUUUUUCCAAUCCAAAUCAGAUGAAGAUGACACCUUGGAGCAGGUGAACAGUUGUAAAGAAGAGAAAUCGGAAGAAGGAAACCUGUCAUCCAAGAAGAAGAGCUCCAAGAAGCACAUGAAGAAGAAGAAACCCUGA